CCCUGCCACCGACGACAGAGGCCCACACGCACCACGAGACGCGAGCGACCAGCAGUGUGAGAGAGUACAGACAUCAUGGGGAAAAACGACUGCUGCUGCGGAAAGUACAAUGCCCGGGAGGGUACCAAGUUCAUCGCCAUCGCAUCGAGCAUUCUGUCGGCCCUCUCCAUAGCUGGAUGCAUUUGGGAACUCAUGAAGCUGAUGAGGGCUCAAUCGGAAAUUGAGCGUCUGAUCGGCUCCCUGGAGAAUCUGGGCAACACCCUGCAGCAGCUGGGCGGAGAGUUCACGUCCAACAACAACUCACGCCAAACCGCCAGCGAUGCUUUCUACCAGAGGAAGCUCGUCGUUGGAGUGGGCCUCGGAAUCGUUGUCGUCAGCCUGCUUACCGCCAUUGCUCUGUUCUUCGCCGCCAAAAAGAACAACCGCUACAUCGCCCUGCCCUACAUGAUCUGGACCAUCAUCCUUCAGAUCCUCUACGGCAUCGGCAUUGCCGGCUUGAUCUUCCUGCUGGUUGUUGGCGACUGGAAUAACAGCGAGAACGAUAUCAUCCAGACUGUCGUCGCUCCGCUGGUAGGCAUAAUCAUCAGCUUUGUUCUCAACACAUGGUGGCUGAUUGUGGUAUUCAACUUCUACAAUCUGCACAGGGAUGGCCAGGCUUUCGACAGUAUUCCCAUGCAGACCGCCUAAGAGGGAAGAAGGUUCUGCGAGAGCUGUGGAGAAGUCAGAUGGUGAAGGAGAAAAGAUGAGGCAGCACCGGGAGGAGUGAAGUCAAAGCGUGCGAGAUCUGAAGAUAUUGAGUGGAGGUUGAGUCGAGACAUACGAGACACAAGAUCAGAUCUCGCAGGUCUGAGAAGUGGCCGUGGGACUGUGAGCCUGCAGGGUGGGAACGGGGGGGGGGGGGCGGUUCAGAGAAGCUGAUUUGCGCCACUGUCAGGAUUCUGUUUUUGUUUGUGGGUAAGUUUCACACGCACUGAGGUCAGUCCUUUGCGCAUCUAGGAUUGUGAUUUUGGGCGUUGAAUUUCAAAGAUUGUGGACCGAGGAUAUUGAUGUGGCUAAACCCAGGAAGUUUGUCUGGUUAUGUCACUGUCGUCUCUAUAUCGUCAGGCAGUAGCCGCUCGACUGAAAUCCGUGAGGUCUCGUAGGACGUCGCGUAAGCCAGCUAACACGCCAUUGCUGUAGGGAAUCUUGCCGUGCGAAAGCUGCUAGCUUUUCCUCUCUGUAUAGAUAAGAUUUGAGCUCGUGAGCUCGUGUUGCGACUGAAUGGUGAGCGAUGUUGCAUUGUGAACCUCAGGCAUGCUAUCUUUCGCCAUGCCUUGGGGUUGACCGCACAGACGGCCAUGCGAUUCUUACACAGUGCGCUUACUGUGAGCACAGGUAGCAUUAGUCAGGUGAGCUUGCCGUUUUGGGGUCGGCACCGCCGUUUGAAAUUUACACUCGGCAGAUGGCGCCACCUCGGACCGAGCCUGAACCGAUUGUGAGCGAUGAGCAUGUCAGCUCAGCUGUCACUGACAGAUCUGAACUCAGUGACAGGUCAAAGGUCAUUAACAGGUCAAAGGUCACUGACAGGUCAGCUGCUAUUGCCAGCUCAUCUCUCGUCAGAAUCUCUCAGCGACCGCACUUUUCGUAAUGCAACACGUUUUCGCUAGCAGGAAAAGCACCUGUCUUUUGAUAUUAUUUUGCCACCCUUGGUAUGCGUGUGGCUGCUGCAUUUUAUCACGGGCCUGCACUUGUUUUUCUGUUUUAGUUGAUUGCCAGACCUAUCCACCAGUCAACUGCUAUGCAGUUGCUAGACUACACGCAUCGUCUGUCGCGUUUACAAGCUUUGACACAAUCGCUAGAUAAGGAGUACUUACACAUAUUCGCCACGCACACGCUUCUAGAGUCUCUUACAUCAUCUUACUGAUGUCGCACUACCAGCCUCUCUCUCUGCGUACGCGUAUUGUGCCAGACCCCCAAGGGAUCCCACAGAUCCCCAAAGGGUUCGGCGUGGUGUCACAAACAAUCUCAUCUCGCUUGACUAUUGAUCGGCCGGGCCUUUCUCCCUCCAAUCUCCCAUAUGUCGUGUCUCUCGGUGUAUUCAUGUCGUACGUCCGUCUCGGUGUGCGUAUUGCGGUGUAUCGCGAAACGGUGAGCCAUUUCGGAGCGCAUUGUGCUAUAGAGCGCAACUUCUCGGCUCUCGUGUCUCUAUGUGGCGUAUUUGGUCCCCCUCCACCUUUGGAGGGAGUUGAUCAAGAAGUUGAUGUCACUCGGCUGCCAGGGAUGUCACUCGAAAGAUGCACUCAUGCGCUUUGUAUGGCCUUGGAUGUGCUUCUCUCGCGACACUCCGUCAACGCUUUGACAAAACAACCAUGUGCCUUUGUUGAAAUACGUCCAUCGUUCAAUGUAACUACAAAUCUGGGAUGUUGUAUCGCUUGAUGCUAAUGCCUGCCUUUUCGAGCCUUGCUAGCUUCUCUCGUACGCGGGUAUAUGUGUACAAGAUCUGUCAUCAAAAUGUUUAAUGAUAUUCAAGGCAGGCCUUUUCUUAGUAGUUAUAUUGGCAACGUCAACAUUGCGCAUUUCUGUUGUCAUUAAAUAAAUGAAACGUAAAA